UUCGUAAUUUUUCCGCAGAUUAUUUGUACUUCUAUAUUUCGUGUUGGUUACUAUGUUGCGUGCAACUCAAAAUUUUUGUUGACCGACCGAACCGUUUUCUGCUUUCGAUGUGACGUAAAAGUUCCUCUUGUGACGUGGUGGAAGACGAUUAACAGCCUUCCUCCAAGUAUUACUGCGAUUUAUCAUGGAUCGCAGUCGGCUCUUCAAGCAUGGUCUCACUCGCUACCACGGCGACGAAGGGAAACGCCCUCGUCGCACGUACACCAUUAUGACAGAAGAGGAAAUCGCUUCUGGGAAGAAAUCCGAAUGGCAUGAGUUGGAUAUCCAAGGCAAUGUGAAGAACCUCAGUCCAACAUUGUGGACCUACACGCAUUUAACGUGUCUGUACCUGUACGACAACCAACUUACGCGCUUGUCCUCCGAGAUCAAGAACCUGGUGAACCUCGUUUGCUUGGAUGCGUCCGGGAAUAGGCUGCGGUCGCUGCCGGCCGAAAUAGGGGACCUAGUGCAACUCAGGGAGCUGAACCUCAGUCACAAUCUCCUUCGAAAUUUGCCAUACGAGGUCGGGAAGUUAUUUAAGCUUCAGUUCCUGGGACUGAAAGGAAACCCACUGACCGCUGAUAUUCUCACCAUGUGUUCUGAGCCGAAUGGCACAGCAAGGCUCCUCACCUUUUUGCUUGAUCAUCUCACUUUUUCCACUCCAGUUCCCCCACAACGGCCAUGGCUUCCUCAAAGUCACCCUGAUCGUCGACCAAACAUCUGUUCCUAUACGGUGAUGUGCUACAAUGUAUUGUGUGACAAGUAUGCGACCCGACAAAUGUACGGCUUCUGUCCGUCAUGGGCCCUGUCGUGGGAGUAUCGGAAGAAGGGUAUCAUGGACCAAAUUCGUCAUUGCUCAGCUGAUAUUAUAACUCUGCAGGAGGUGGAAACAGAGCAGUUUUACAAGUUUUUCCGACCGGAGCUGGAGCGAGACGGAUAUGAAGGCAUUUUCUCUCCCAAGUCCCGUGCGAAAACCAUGUGUGAGAAUGAGCGAAAGCAUGUAGAUGGGUGUGCCAUUUUCUACCGAGUCCGGAAGUUCAAGUUGGUCUCUAGCCACUUGGUGGAAUUCAACCAACUGGCAAUGGUGCAUCACGAGGGCUCGGAUGAUAUGUUGAAUCGAGUUAUGACCAAGGACAACAUCGGUCUGGCAGCUCUAUUGGAGACUCGCGAAGAAAUCUGGGAAUACGGCGUGGAACGGGGGCAUGUGACGCAACCCGUGCUGGUGUGCACGUGCCACAUUCACUGGGACCCGGAUUUCUCGGACGUCAAGUUGAUCCAGACGAUGAUGUUGAUGCGUGAACUUGAAACGAUCGCUCAGAACAGCGGCUAUCGGUUCACGGAAAACGACGCCCCGCUGCGAACCAAUGAUGUCAACAUCCUCAUUUGUGGGGAUUUGAACUCUCAGCCUGGCUCUGGUGUGACGGAAUUCUUGACGAAGCGGCGGAUUAGCUUCGACCACCUUGACUUCAAAGGUUACGCCUACCGGUCCUGCCUCAAGAAGUUAACGGCCUCCGAUAAGCCAAACGCAGAUUUCGAUCAUCCAUUCAAACUCAACUGCGCUUAUGGCGAUGACGUUAUGCCGUAUACGAAUUACACGUACGACUUCAAGGGAGUUAUCGACUACAUAUUUCAUUCCAAAGAAAACGUCAAGACAUUGGGCAUUUUGGGGCCCAUCGAUCAGAACUGGAUGGCGUCUAGCAAGAUCAUGCAGGAGAAAACCAAACAAAAUCUGACGUUUUGUCCUGAAAAUUUUAAAGUUUUCUUGAAAUAUACGAAAGUAUCCGCACCUCGAGACAUUUUCCAGAUGUUGAAGCAGAUUUUUCGAAACCAUUUCCCGUUGCUGUGCGAGCUGGAGAUGAGAAGCGUGGGCGCGUUGACGCCGCCUCAGAUCCGGGAAAUGGGCAACGGUGACCUGUUCAUGAAUGGGCAGAUGGACAUGGGCAACGGGCUGACGUCGUCGAGUCCGUCGCCGGCCAACGGCAUGAUGGGCAAGCGGUAGCGGUUCUGGCCCCUACCCUCAGCGACCGGUGGAGCCGAGGGAUUCACUUUACACAAGCGUGAUGGACGAAGAGUUUCUGUGCGUUGAAUUCAAGCCGAAGUAAUUACGCGAAAAAAGUUUAUUGAGAGAAAUCUGAGUUGGUGAUUCGAAGAUUCGGAGGCGAAAGUUCAAAUUUUGGACUUCAGUUUUUUUGCAUGUUUGUCGUCUGAUUAUGUUUUCCCUCUGUCGCUCUCUCUCUCUCCCGUCUUGGACCUUCCUGUCUUUUCUAUGAUACUGCAUCGUUUAUCUGUUAACUUGUCGUUUUUUCUCGUUUGAUUGCCAUUUCUUUCACGCUGCGAGCCCGGAGCACUCGACUUCAACUCCUCUCCUCAUCCAGCUGACGUUCUAGUUGUCUAGGUGUGUUUUUCUCGGUGUUGUCAUUUUAAUUUUCGAGAGUGAGACGCAGAAAGGGAAUCUGGAUGUCUAGCUAGACAAUGAGGGCUUCUGAAAGUUUUCCGUGCUUAUCCAACUUGACGUUUAUAAUUUAAUUUGUCGCUUCAACAGUCUUUAUGUAUCACUCAACUCAACCGUAAAGUAAAAAAAAAGAACAUUGAAAAAUGAUAGUUCAUUAGUUCUUUACCUGUCUUAUCCUAGUCUCGGGGAAGUCACGGAAUCGUUCAGAAGGCCUCAUUAGUUAAGAAUCGGGGUGACCGAUAUUGCUUAUGGUGAGAGAAACAGCUGGUUAACAAUUUUUACCCAGAUCGCACAGCAACGUGUCUUCGAAAACCUUACAAUUCCGGGCGUGAACCUCGAAAGUUCGAUUUGUGAAAGUUGAUGGGUCUCAUUGUCGCAAGAUGAAUUUUUCAAGAAAAGCGAUUCUUUUUCUAGAGGAUUGCACGGUUUUCUAUCUAUCGUUAGGAAAAUUAUUUUCAGACUAAGAAUGCUCGGAGCGCCGUUGAAAUCGGUUUACGUGAGCAUGUGUUCACACGCAUAUGUAUUCUGAUCAUUGUCAAUUCAUCGGGUAACUAAAAAGCUCCAGCUUGCGAUGACGGCGAGCAUAUUACGAUUAUUUGCGAAGUUACGGUAAUACUGUACUUGGUUGUAUGCUGGAAAAGGCUAUGAGCCCACGAGGCGUUUUCAAAUGAUUUGAAAGCUUAUAUUUUCAAGUUGCUGUGCGGGACUGUGGAAGUGCGACCGCUGUUGAUUUUAUCGCAGCAUUCUGUAAUGGCUCCCGAUGGAGAGAGAAGACCGUUUCCAGUGUGUCCCUCCCAGAGUACUUCUUUAUUCUUUCUCUGUGAAGCUGACCACCUCAGAACGAACCUUAGCGAAGAACAAGACCCACUAUUUCCUGGCGUUGAACUAGUUUCGUCUGUGAUCGUGUCUUGGAUGUGGUUUUUUUAAGAUUAAUUAAGUAAUGCUGUGUUACCGAUUUUGAGGGACCUGAUCGUUUCCUUCGCUGCCUCCGGAAAAGGCUUCCUGCUUUGCUUGACGGGGAGCGGGUGUGGAUGUAAUAACUUGCUUUUGGGACUUUUUGUGAUACCUGAUUUUUCUUUGCUUUCCUUUCUCAGGUAUUUUUUUUUUCGCGUUACCGCGAUUUUUGACGGGAAUGUUUUCCUGGAUUGACUUCGAGUUGGUAACUGGCGGUUAUUUUGCAUUGGCUUUUUUUUUUAGAGGAUAUGCGUGAUCUCGAUUUUGUGGUGUACACCCGAGCGCGUGUGUCAGCGCCGAAUAUUUUUCCUUGUCCCGGCAAGUUGUUGCAUCCCGUCCUGUUCAUGUUUUUGUUAAGCGAGGAAUUUGUGAUGGGAGGCGGUCUGCUGUUGCUAACGGACGGUCAUGAACUUGAUGCGGGAUAUUUCGCUUUUUUGGGACGGCGGUUCUCUUCUCCACGACAUUUUUGUGCCGUCCAGCUCAAAUAUCAAAGUUUUUAAUCAAUCCCCAGUUGUCUUAAAUGGCAGUCCGCGAUUUUAUCCUGUUAGCCCUUUUUGGGCUAAUGCGACACUUCGUCGGUCUUGAAUUUUGUGGUUUCUAUAUUUCUUCACGAGAUAGAUUUCCGUCGGAUUGCAGGGAAUAAAGUAAAACUUGGUCUUGUUUAUGACUCUGGUUGUACAAUAAUGCAGACUAACUCUCAGUGGUGAAAAGGGCUUUUCAAGCCGCCGUCCUUUAAAAAGAAGAGGAAAUUAGCCCGUGAUCCCAACAUGUUGCCGAGAUACUAGUCGCUUCAGCUCGGCCUAGUCGUGCGCACUUGUACCUUUGAUGUCUGGAAGCGUGUCGACGGAACGACUCUGACUCGGUUCGGAUCUUCCGAAGGUUUGCGUGCGUUGUACAUGUUGGAUGGAGCCGAACGACCCGGGUACCCGUCCUCGGUUCUUUUUAUUUUAUAAUAAUCUUAGUUAAGAUUGCCUUGUUGGUUUUUAUUUUCUGCGCGGGGUGCGUGAGGUCGGUGGUCUUCUGCGGUUGUGUGUAUCUCGCCGGCGUUGAGUGUGUCCUCGCGAACUUUUGACAGUCCUGAGCGUAUCCAAAAGCACAAAAGUCUGCUUGAAAAACAAGUUGUUUGUUGUUCGAACAGUGAUGCGUCAAUUUUAAGUAGUUUUGUUUUGUUAGAUGGCCAGAGGCUAGCUAUUUUGCUGGGCGAAUGUUUUUUUUUUUCUAGUAGAUGGAGUGCAAUAGUUUCUGUUCUCUGGCGAUAAGUAUGAAUUUCCGCUGUGUCUCUGUAAAUAACUUAUGGAUGUUCAGCAACGAAUUUCCCCGCUGUGGAAUACUUUUCUAGCUACGCAUUCCUAGCUGAAGAACGGUUCUGUGCUUCACUUUUUUUUCUUGAUCAGCAUCCGAUAUGCUUCUCAACGAUGCCGCCGAAAAUCUUCUUGAUUGCAUUUGUCGUCAGCGUCAGUCUUUCUAAGUUCGAAUUAAUUUGUGAGCUUUAUGGAAUGCGAUGGGUUGAUCUGAAAAGUGCAGCGUAACUUUGUAAUCCAGCAUUUUUUGAGGAUUCCAUUAAAUCCGAGUGGAAUAUAAUGGUGUGUUUAGGAAGAUUCUGAUCGUUCGCUGUGAAUACGUGUACCGACGAAGAAAUGACCGCCAUCUCCUGUGAAUGGGUAGCACUCCAUGAUCCGAGUUGAAUUGCGCUUAAAAACGUAACCCGAAGUUUCUUGCGUUCAUCCGCUCGAAUUUGGCAGCCACGUAACGACCAUGUAGGCGAGAAACACGCUUCUUGUGGCUCGUUUGAACGUGUUGGGGGGUGCUUUUAGAUGCGCUUUUGUGAUUGUCGCCACGUUUCGCGAAGUCCCGCUUUGAACGGAACCUGGCAAAAAAAAUUUGCGGAUGUCGCUCACCUCGUCCGUGCGCGAAUUGAGCAAUUCCAAAAAUACGAGUUGACGAAGAACCUCGAGAAAAUUGUUGUUUACGCCUGUCGGAAUCGAAUGUUCAAAGCCGGAAUGUGGUUAUUUUUCGUCUUGCUCAUCGCGCAACACUCCCCUCGUUUUCAUUCGUUUCUUAGCUCCGAGGAUUCUACCGCAUGCGCUCUUCCCUCUCCUGUUGAGAAAAUACAAGAGAGAACCGUGUGACCCACGGUUAAUUCUGCGUA